AUGGCGAACGCUUCGUCAAGCAUACGUCUCAAGGCGCUGCAGAAACUUGCAGCGCUUUCCGCUACGUCACCCGCAACGUCCUACGAGAAUUCCGAUUUAGACAGACUGUCGAAAAGAUACGCAGGUCAUAGCAAUUUAAAUGCUAAUUCCAAUGGCCAUGCAAAAGGUGGACGGUCAUUGGCGGGGUCCCCAAUGAGUAUUCAAGAAUUCGAGGUUCUUUUGGCAUUAUGCAAAGCAGCCCCUCUAGUCCGCGAUGCUCAUAGCGCCGAGAAACUCAUGGGACAACUGUUCCCGUAUAUACUCGAAGCUCACUCUCAAGUCUUUGAACCCUCCCCGUAUUUCCGCGCCGUAGAACCGUCACCGAUCGAAGCACUGAGUUAUAACCUCACUACCGCCCUUUUGACCUUGGGAAUUAACCACCCACAUCUCCGUGACACGAUCUCUGAGAAGAUAUGGGGAUAUUUGCGCCAAUGUGUAGACGCAGCAAAGGCUAUCUCUCCGGCACCAGCUCUGGACUCAGAUGAUGGAAGCGCUGCUGAAGUGGACGAAGCAGUGAGCGUGACUACACUGACCAUUACCGUACUUGGAUUUCUGGAUGCUGCUGCAACUCAUGCCAACUUCUGGACCCCGCAUGACAGGCUUUUGUUGAUUCAGCGCGUGAAAGGUUUUCUCUCGGAAGAAUUUUUGGUAGCUGUCGAAACAGCUUUCUCCACUAUCCGAAAUUCUCACACCCUCCAUACGCAUUCAAAAGAGUGGAAAAGAUAUGUAAAGCACUACGCUGCUGUAGGCCGACCUCUUGGAGCAAUGAUAUUGCAAAGAAGCUUCAUGUGGCUUCUUGUUGCCGUAUCCUCCCUCUUGGUCGCUGACGUGCAGACUCUUCGGAACAACGAUAUUCUCAAUAUUCAUAUGACUAAUACUAAUGGAUUGAAUACCCUUCAGGCCCAGGAGGUCGAUUUUGAUACAGUCGAGAUUAUGGCUGACAUAGCCUCUGAUGAGAUGAGUCUUCUAGAGGAUGGCGCUGACUACCUUCGUCUGGGCUCGACUUGGCAGCAACGCUUAGCGUUUUCGGUGAAAGCAGGUGCUCUGACGAGUUAUCUGAAUUGCUCUUUGUUGAAUGAAGAUGCUGCCGAUGUUGAUGCUCUCAUGGCAUGGCUUGAGGAUACCCUCGCCGACCCAGCACAAAUGGCUGACGAGACGUUGGCUAGCGUAGUUCUUCGCUCCCUAGCUCUGAUAGCAAAACUAUCUCCUGGACUUGCUUCUAACAUCAGUCGUCUUCUCCCGAGAUUUAUUGUACAGGGAAGUCCACGUGGCGACACUAUUGCUCUGGCAUCGAACUGUCUAGCUUUUGUGCUUCAGCUUUUGUCUCAAGAUUCUAUCAUAACUACGCUAUAUACUUUCGGUAAUGUUUUGAGCUCUACUUCGACCGCUGAACGCGCCCUAGGUGCUGGUGCCCUCGGGGAUUUUGCGGCCGACGGAACCGUGAAUCCAAACUUUUAUAAUGGCAAGCAAUCUACAGGUAGUAGUAUAUCUUUACCUACUAGUGGCGACGAAGAGACUUCGUAUGUCUACGGUAACGUCGUGCAAGCUAUCUGCGGUAUUGCUAGCAGUUGCAAGGAUGCAAAAAUCAUUGCUCUUGCACAGUCGAUGCUAUUGCAAAAAUUAGGCAAAGUCAAUAAAACCACAGACGCACGAAUCAUCAAAGAAGCUGCUAGUCUUGCCUUGAGUGGUGGACCUCUCGAGUUCCGAACUCUUUUGAAAGUCUAUGCCAAAGUCACGCAGGACUCAGGGACUACCAAUAGCGAUGUGCUGGUAGACGCUGUUCUUCAAGCUCAAAACUUUCUUUCGUCCUCUUUGCAGAAAGACACACCUCUUUACGAUAUCUACCUUGAGGAUCUGCUCGAAGCGAUUGUAAGUAAGGGUGACGUCCACCAGUCGCAAAACAACCGAGAGGCAGAUGUUGAGGUCGCUGCACGGGAUAUCGGUCACCUAUUGCAGCCAGUCGCAAUAUUGAUGUCCACGAAUAACAUGAUAUCGGAUGAUACCAUCAGCGAGGACGUUCUGUCUCUUUUUAGAGAUGCGUGGUACAAUAUUGCAGUUCAUGGAUUCGCACCGAAUACAGAACGCGGUAAAAAGUACAUCAAUGAGUUGCGUGUUAUGGCGACCCACUCGAGGCCCUUGGUUGGGGAGCAGAGAGGGGAGCAAGUGGAAAGUGACAUUGAGCUCAAUACUGUGCUGCGAAGAGGAAUGAGUGGAGAACACGAGGCAAUGCAAAAGAAAAGACUGGCUGCGCUCCUACCGAAUAAAGCUUCUGACAUUCGCAGUCUAAGCUAUCGAAAAGUCGUUUUCUUACAAGCUGCAUAUCUAGUAGAAACACUACGAGCAAGUACCGGAGACUGCACUAAGGCACUGAUAUACUUCAUAGAGCCCAGCAUGCGGAAGGGUGACAUGAGCAGUGCAAUGGAGGGCAUUACUUCUGCAGUGGUUGACUCCUAUCUCAAGAACACUCUGAGCGCUACAAACCCGUUGUUUUCUGCACCAUAUGUCGCGAACCAACUUGCAAAGAUCUUUACAGGCUGCUGCUACAGAAUUGAACGUAUUCAGCAAGCAGCAAUGCUGUGUGCGGACCGUGUUAUUCAGGAGGUGCCAUCGGCUCUUUGUCAAAAGUCCUCAUUGUUCGCCCUUCUUGAGCUGUUGACAAUAAUGUGGUCCAGUUGCCUUGAAGCCGAAACCGAUGAAUACGAAUGGAAAUCGUCAUUUACUUCUUCUCGUGGAAAAGUUACCGUGGAGCUGUCUGACGACUAUGCGUUACGGAGGCGCACGUUGAACAACCUUUACAAGAAAGCCAAAGUCUGGGUAUCUACAGUGAUCAGUAUAGCUCCACUUGAUGUUAAGGGUCUCUUGCAGACAUAUCUAUCCGAAUUCAACGACGAUGGAGCCUAUGGCCACAUAUCACUAGGCCGUUCUUUUGCUUCAGAGAUGGGUUCCACAAUUCCAAGUACAGAUCAACGACUUGGAGCUCUCGACCGCCACGGAGAUUGUAAUAUCAAUACUGCUUCUGACUUUAUCGCUCAAUAUACCACACGGCAGGAGUAUCGUUACGCAGAAGCUCUACCCGAUCACGAUGCAGAAUGGCUACACGUUAUGCAUUUAGGAGAAAGACGCGAUUCAGCCGCGUCAGGGUCAGGAAAACAAGGCGAAGAUGCAGUAACAGUUCUAGCCCAUAUCGAGAGCCGUACACUUCGACGCAAGUUCAUUCCUAUCAACGAGCUCCGUGACAUUCUUCGCAGAGCAGCAGCCUUGUUGUGUAGGAGCAAGAAAGAUGAAUGCGCCAUCGUCCACCAUCUUGUUGCUAUUCCUUUUGCCAUCUUUACCAAGCAGUCUAUCAAACUUGGAAUAUCGCUGUGGCUUGGAGUCAUCAACGAGAACCCACGCAUGGAGCCUCGGAUAUUGAUGGAAGUUGCUCAGCAAUGGGAGUUGACAGUCAACAAGAAGCUUGGGAUCUUUCACACGUCCUUCCAGCACCCUGAUCCAUUCUAUGUCAAGGGAGAAUUCGCUCCAAGUGACAGGGACGCGCUUUCCAAGCGCCAACAAGCAGCUCACAACCUGCUACAGCCACAUAUGAGACUGUUGCAAUUUUUGGAGAGUCACUUCAACGCAGGUCGUCUAGGAAACCCUCAUUCUGAGAAGUGUUUUCUGCGUUUGUUGAACUUGACUUUGGACGGCUUAAAGCACUCUACCGGGCAUCCCCUUUCAAGAGAGAUAAGGCUGCACAUUAUCCUGUUUGGUCUCAAGGUGAUGCGGCAUGUUACCUCGCUCGAUUUUCAUUCUAGAUGUCUUCUUAAGGACAAGAUCUUGUCUGCGGCUCUGAACUGGUUCAGUUUUGCGCCGAGAUGGUCGUUCGGUGGAAACAGAGUUCAAGUGAAGGCAGAAAUCCGACUUCUCGGCGAUGUUUCACUGGCUUUGAAGAAUGUCCAGAUAGUCGCGAAUACACAGACGUCACUGUCGAAAUCUAUAUCAAACAAAGAAAACCUACUCUCCGCUUUGAUGGAGAGCGAGCUGAUUAGACUGAAUGUUUGGUUGCAUCCAAUGGGCGAUGUAACAGGCGUUCCUUCAAAAGGGCCGGCCGAGGCUACUAUUGUGGGUUUGAUCAGAACUGCUUGGAACGAAAAUCCUUCUUUAGCAAUCCAACUAGUCACACGAUUCCCGUCAGCUCGACUUCACAAGGAGGUUCGCUGGCUGCUGCUCAAUUUCCCAGAUAAAGCUCUCUCCGAGCCAGAGGCAGUACAACUCCUUCUUGGUGGCAGCCUUCCAGCGGAUGUCUCAUUUCAAUUGAAAUACCUUCUAUACUGGGCUCCAGUCAAUCCCAUCACCGCUGUGACGCUUUUCCUCCCAGCAUACCGUAAUCAUCCGUUCAUAUUACAGUAUGCCAUGCGGGCGUUGGAAAGCCAUUCCGUUGAUGUAACCUUCUUUUACGUGCCUCAGAUUGUACAAACCCUGCGUUAUGAUGCUCUAGGUUAUGUGGAGAGAUAUAUCAUCGAGACGGCCAAAUUCUCUCAGCUCUUUGCUCACCAAAUUAUCUGGAACAUGAAAGCAAACGCCUACAAGGAUGAGGAUUCCCAGAUUCCUGAUGCUGUCAAGCCGACACUGGACAAGGUAAUGAACCGAAUGAUUGAAGAGUUCUCUGGAGAUGAUAAAAUAUUCUACGAGCGAGAAUUUACCUUCUUCGAUGAAGUCACCAGUAUAUCUGGCAAACUCAAGCCUUUUAUCAAACGCCCGAAACCAGAGAAAAAGCAGAAAAUCGAAGAAGAAUUGAGGAAGAUCAAAGUCGAGGUUGGCGUUUACUUGCCGAGUAAUCCGGACGGAGUUGUGAUUGGCAUCGAUCGAAAAUCCGGCAAACCUCUCCAGAGUCACGCGAAAGCUCCAUAUAUGGCAACAUUCAGAAUUCAGAAGAGUAAAGGCGCCUUGGAGAGCACCGAUGAGAUGCUAGAAGAAACGACCAAAAAUGGAUCAGUACCACAGGACAACACCAUUGAGAUUUGGCAGUCAGCAAUUUUCAAGGUUGGAGACGAUUGUCGCCAGGAUGUUCUGGCACUACAGAUGAUCGCAGCCUUCCGGGGUAUUUUCAACAACGUUGGUCUUGAUGUUUACGUCUUUCCAUAUCGUGUUACUGCAACAGCUCCAGGUUGUGGAGUCAUCGACGUUCUUCCAAACUCAAUUUCUCGUGACAUGGUUGGACGGGAGGCCGUGAACGGACUCUAUGACUAUUUUGUUUCAAAGUAUGGCAAUGAGGAUUCGUUGAGAUUCCAGGAGGCUAGAAGCAAUUUCGUCAAGAGUAUGGCCGCAUACUCAAUUAUCUCCUUCUUGCUUCAAUUCAAAGAUCGUCAUAAUGGUAACAUUAUGAUUGACGACGCCGGUCACAUUCUACAUAUAGAUUUUGGUUUUUGCUUUGAUAUCGCUCCUGGUGGCGUCAAAUUCGAAAGAGCGCCAUUCAAACUUACAACUGAGAUGGUCUCUGUCAUGGGCGGAAGCACGGAUCAUCAAGCUUACAAGUGGUUUGAGGAGCUUUGUAUCAAGGCUUUCUUAGCUUCAAGACAGUACAUCGAAAAGCUUUCUCAACUCGUUCUGUUGAUGAUGGACUCUGGAUUACCGUGUUUCAAACCCGAGACCAUUCAGCACUUUAAAGAGCGGUUUGUGCCAGAGAAGAGCGAAAGGGAGGCAGCUGAUUUCAUGAGAGGUUUGAUCAAGAAGUCGCAGAGCAGUUACUCCACUGGUGUCUAUGACCAGUUCCAGCUUCUGACGAAUGGUAUUCCCUACUAG